AUGCUAGAGAUUGAGCGAUUACGAAAACGCGUCCAGGAACUUGAAAAACAACUCGAAAAUGCUACCGAUACUGUCUCCAACGGUGAAGACCGGACGAUUCGCAAACAAAGCCGACAGUCGGGGUCAAAGAAAGGAUGGGAUGGAAUUCAUACACGCACCGCACACUCCUCACAAACCCAAUGGUAUGGGCCCUCGUCGGCCUUCUACUUUAUCGGUCGCAUGAGCGCAUACCUCAGCGCCGUUCUCGAACAGCCUCAGGACGAUCAUAACAUGCAGCCCAAUUCCGCCAGUCGCACCUUUACUAGUCCUACCUUGACUGAACAUGUUCCGGAAGAGCUACCGGCGCCUUCUACGUCUGCAGAUGGUCCUGCGGGGUCAGAGAUAUCUCUCAAUAGCAUCGAGGAAGAUUUUUUCCUGAAUCUUUUCUGGCAUUCAUACCAUCCGACAUACCAGAUUCUUGAUGAGGCCGAGUUUCGGGAACAUUACAAAUCUCUCUGGGUGGAUUCGGCCACGACGCGAAAAUCUUCUGCACUGGUCGAUAUAAUCCUCGCUCUGUGUAUGCAAUAUGGCGUCGCAUUGACUCCGGACAGCAGCGUUGAUCCCACCAUCACCUCCGGCCGACCCGACGGUCAUGUCGACAUCAACGACGCAAGUAUUGCGGGUCGAUGGUACUACCGUCGGUCGCAAACCCUCCUCAUUUCGGAAUUAGAAAGUCCGUCCAUCACGACUCUCCAAUGCCAUAUCUUUUCGGUCGUCUACCUGUGCAACGCCUCCUUUCAGAACAUGGCGCACACUACCCUAGCCCUCGCGGUGCGCACCGCACAUAUUCUCGGUCUACAUCUCGAACCGCGUGAGAACCUACCACGUCCCCAGCGAGAGUUGCGCAAACGCAUCUGGUGGACGCUGUAUACGAUCGAAAGCAAGACAUGCAUGAAACUAGGCCGACCGUGCUCCUUGCCUGACAUGACUGCGACUUGCCAACUGCCUGCCGACGAUCAUGAGCUGGCUCGACUGUCGGUGUCAAACAUCGCUGCCUAUGGCGACAAGGUGACGUGGUUGACCUACAGCCGCCUCCUCACGUCGUUGGUGCUAGCCGCGCAGGCGGUUUAUCUUAGAUUUUACGAUGAAUGUGCUGAGAUUCUGGCUGCUAAUGAUGCGAAGAGUCUGUACACAGAUUCAACUUGUCUGGAAGCCCUGGCUGAAUUCCUCACGUCACAGAUGGACGGUAUCCGGGAAUGGUUACGCAAUGUUCCCGAUGCCAUGAAGACCAAACGCAAAGAUGGUGGAGAGCCGUUCUCAACCGACAGAUCUGGACUAGAGCUGGAACGGUAUGCGCCCUCGUGGCUGCAGCGCCAACGGCUUCUCCUGGAGCUUCUCUACCACAACCUCUCUAUGAACAUCUACCGGCCCUUCAUCUGCUUCCCAUCCAUGUCAACCACCAGCUUCCACAGCACACCUGUUGCGGAAGGACAUGCAGACUCUUGCGUCAAACAUGCCAUUGCCAUCACACACAUCCUUCGCCAAAUUCUGACCGCCACCGACUUCCUCAAAGGCUGGUACGAGGCCUUUCAAUGGCAAUGGAACUCGACUCUCUCCAUGGUUGGUUUCAUCCUUGCCUACCCCUCACAUCCAUCCACUCCAGCAGCCCGCGCGGCCAUCGACAGCGCUAUCACCGUCUUUGAGGUAUUUGGCAACAACUUUGCUGUCGCGGGGAGCGCCGCGAAUGUGACUCGGGGACUCGUCGCCAAGGCGGACUUUCUCAGCGGCCGAUUGGGCGCGGGUGUCGGAAAUGCAAUCACGCUGACUCCCCCAUUCCCGGACCAGAUGGAAGGAUUCUUAGGGCUGGUCGGGAACGAUGCGGGGAGUUUGAUGCUGGCAGAUGAGCCCUCGGCCAUGUUUCAGAGCACGCUGGCGGGAGCCAUGGGAUUGGCGUCCAGUGUCGAUUCGUUCUACAGUUUUGAGCCCUUGUAUGCAGGGUCGAGAAAUCUGGCCGAUGCGUGGAAUUUUAGCCACAAUUGA